CUUCAGUACUGGCAGCAACUGGCAAUGAGUAUUGGAACGUAGUCGGCGGUCCAUACUGCUGAUGUUCUAUGUAGUGGUAGCGAAGUGACAGUAAGAUUGUCCACAGAAAUGGCGACUAUGGUAGAAGAUCAGAGCUUGGUUGACAUGAACGAGGACAAAGAUCCGGCAUUCGAUCAAGCCACACACAACUGGGUGGAUAUUACGCAAGAAUUUUUCGAGGCUAUCACAGAUUUGAAAUUGGGAGAAUUGUUACACGAUGAGCUAUUUGGAUUAUUUGAGGCCAUGUCUGCCAUCGAGAUGAUGGAUCCAAAGAUGGAUGCUGGUAUGCUGUGUAACAGAGGGAACAACAAACCCUGUACUUUUACUCAGGCAGUCGACUCAGGUCUAAUUAAGUUGGACAACUUCACCCCAGCUGAAAUUAUUGGGAUAAUAGAUUCCACGUAUGCGUGUAUAGUGUCUUGGUUGGAAGGUCACAGCCUAGCGCAGACUGUCUUCACAAACUUGUAUCUACAUCAACCUGGGCAAAUAUUGGACAAGCCUUUGAAAACCUUUUGUUAUGCUGUGUACAAGAUAAUUGAGAUAAUCAAGGAUUGCAUUAAUAAGGCUUUGGUGUUUGAGGAGGAGGACUUUCAAAGUGUCACUUAUGGCUACAGAUUGCAGCAAGACAUUACAGAACAGAAAAUAAUAUCCAUGUUGAGGGAAGUGGAGGAGGAGCUACAUCGAAAAAGUAGGAUAAAACUUGUUGAUGUGGAGUCAGAAAAAGAGUAUAAUGAUGGAAUCGCUCUUUACGCAAGGAUUCGAUUUACUAAGAUGUUUUACCAAAUAUUGACAUUGAUGGGACGAAAGCAGCAGUUGCAACAGAGUUUAAGUGAUUGUCAAAGAUUAUUGUCAAAUUGUUCCGAUAUGCUACAUAUUAUGAUUUUGACAGUGACACGUGGAGAGAAGGCCGAUGAAAUUUCUAAUCAUCCAAAUAUCAUGGGCUUCGAUCCGAUGGUGAAUCAGAGACUGUUGCCACCGACGUUUCCCCGUUACACUAAAAUCAAACCGCGAAUAGACGUUUUGGAAUAUUUAAUUGAGCUGAUAAACCGAUUCAAAAUAGUCAUCAAAAUCACGAAUCAUGUUGGAUUUCAUGCGGCCUUGGACUUUUUCUUAGAAUUCUCGCGUCAGAGUCCGUGCAUAUUAUCUAGGUCCAUGCUGCAAAUCGUCUACUUGCCGACCACCAAUCGUGUAUUCGGCAUGCACAAUUUCGCCGACGUGUUGAGAGACGCGGCGCGAAACUUCAUCGCGCCGCCCGUGCUAAUGCCAAAGAGCACGCUGCUGCAAAAUCACCAGGCUAAGGAGUACGUCGACAAUUUUCUGUUACAUUGCGUCAGUCUGUUCGGGAGCUUGUUGCAACUCAGUGGGCACAACAGGGCAAGACAAAGAGACAAGUUGGCACAUUUGUUGGAAGACUUCGCGACGCUACAAGAUGAAGCAGAGAGAGUCGAUAGCUAUUUGCACGCUUUAUCUAUGAAAAGUGACACGCCAAGGCCUCACUUGGCUUGUUUCGGCACUUGGAUCUUGUACCACACGUUACGCGUGAUGGUUAUGUAUCUCUUGAGCGGUUUUGAGCUAGAGUUAUAUUCGGUACACGAAUACCAUUACAUCUUUUGGUAUCUAUAUGAAUUUCUUUACGGCUGGCUGGUAUCCGCAAUUACGCGAGCGGAUACGUUCUUAAUGGAGCAGGAUGUCCACAAUGAUACGCAUAAGGGUAGAGGCGGCAAGAAGAGCUCUAAAAACAAGAAGAAAAAAUCGACACCGAGACCAUAUAACCUGGAAAUAUUGAUGUAUCAAGCAAUGCAAAAUAUAUGUGGCGGAUAUUAUAAGGCCUUAGUCGGUUUCCGUAUGGAUGGAAAAAUUCCGCUUCCCGAAAUGCAGUUUGAUUCUGAGAGAGUGAGAUAUGAGCACAGAUUAUUACCGUUCUCCUCUUUGUUAACACCACCGCCUGUUCAUUACCAAGAAUUUUUAGACAUGACGAAUGCUCAAAUGCAUAAAAGAAACGAGAAAGUCACCAGCGAAAUGCAAUAUGUCGCCGGUUGUCGACAUUUCCAUCAAGCUAGAAAUAUGUUAGAACGUGCAUUACUAUUGUAUCCGGCGAAUAGCUUAAUUGAAAAUGAAAUUAACAACUUAUUGAAAGUAGCAAAGACGAAUUUUGUGGUUCUGAAACUAUUAGCUGAUGGAUUCCAGAAGAAGAAGGAUUCCAAAGAACCACCAGUCUUCGAUUUCUCUUGUCAUCGACAUUUUCCAUUGAUUAAAAUAACUUAAAUUACUCUCCCACUCUCUUGUGUAUCUCCCACAAUAUAUAUAAUAUAAACAUAUUAUUUAUUUUAAUUUCAUCUUUGCGGAAAUGUUAUUUGUUAUUCAACUUUUUCUUUUCGUUUCACGCGAGUCUAAAUGAUCUCCUUAUUUCAUACAUUUCCUUCCACCGUUCGGGCACAACUGUAAAUCUUAAGGUCGAUUAAUGCAUUUGUCGCAUUUGUUCUACCUGUAAACUUGUACGUUGGAAGGAAAUGGUACUUGUAUAUAAGUUACCGCAUACCAUAUCUCUAAAGAGAUAUUCUGAGAUGAAUAUUACGAAUGAAUGUGUUAUUCUUAAGAGUUACAAGUUGAUGUGAGCUGUAAAUAAAUUAUGCAAGAUAGAAGAUAACGAA